AAUAAGCAUUGUUGAAAUAAGUUUAAUGGUGACAAUCAUUGAUAUUAUAAUUCAUAGAGUUUGUUGAUAUAACUUUCAAUAGGCAGAAGAAGCACAGCUUAGCAUCGUCGUUUGCCGUUUUUGUACUUUUGUCGUUGAAGGACGCGCACGCAUUCACUCACGUUCCGUUCGGGUUAGUGCACGGCUAGAUGUUUGUAUGAAAGCAAGUUGUAAACGCAUCGAUUCUUGAAACUUUGAUCUUGUCACCUUUCGUUUUCCUUUUAAUGUAAUUACUCGUAUUACUAAAAUAUCAUAACUUCUUCAACUCGAUUGAAAUGAUGGACGAAAAUCAAGAAUCAGAUGUUUCCGCACUGUGCAUAGAUGUGUCGAAAGCCACUCCAGUUACCGGUCAAUUAAACAAAACCAAAGAAGAAAAUGAAAUUGAUCCUAAAUCAGGUAGAUGGACUACUUUAUUGGUCUUGGCAGGAGUUACGUGUUGUUUGGGUUCCGCACUACCCGCAGGAUAUAACUUAGGUGUAUUAAACAAUCCUGCAGAUUUAAUCAGAAACUUUUGUAAUCAAAGUAUUAUUGAAAGGUAUGACAUACAAUUAACUCACAAUGAAAUAAUGAUACUAUGGGCUACAAUAGUAUCAGUUUUUUUAAUUGGCGGAGUGACCGGCUCAUUGGUAGCAAGUUGGUUUGCGGAUAAAUUUGGAAGAAAAGGAGCAUUAAUGACUGGAAACAUUUUUGGAAUUUUGGGUGCUAUCCUCUUCCUUCUUGUACCAGCAUUAAAUUCUGUUGAAUUGUUACUUGCAGGUCGACUGAUUGUUGGUCUGUCGGGAGGAUUAGCUACAAGUUUAUUACCAAUGUAUAUGACAGAAAUAGCACCUCUUAAAUUAAGAGGUGCUGUCGGAGUAUUAUGUCAAUUAGGUAUUACAAGCGGCGUAUUUCUUGCACAAAUUGUAGGACUUGAUACAGUGUUGGGUACUGAAGAAAAUUGGCAUAUCAUGUUAGCAGCAGUUGCAAUUUUAUGUGCAAUUGCUUUACUCAUUACUUUCAUACUGCCAGAAAGUCCCAAAUAUUUAUACAUUAUUAAGGAACAACAAAGUAAAGCUCUUAAAGAGUUAAGUCGUUUGCGUAAUAUGGAUAUAAUGUUAUUACAAAACGAAGUUGCUGGUUUACAACAUGAAUUCAUGACCAGAUCGUCUGCAGAUACUUGGACGAUAGGUCGUAUAUUUAGAGAACCUACUGUUAGAUUACCUCUAUUCCUAGUAUGCUCUCUCCAAUUUGGUCAGCAACUGACUGGUAUAAGCGCAGUAUUCUACUACUCAAAUUCGAUAUUUAAGGAUGCAGAGUUAGGAAAUACUGGAUCACAAUAUGCUACUCUUGGAACUGGGCUAGCUAAUAUCGCUAUGGCUGUGAUAUCUGUUCCUGUUAUGUCGUUAUUCCAUAGACGGAUUGUUUUAUUAAGUAGUUGUUAUUUAUGUAUUGGAUGCCUAAUCAUUUUAUGUGCUUCCAUAGUUUUAAUUCAUACAGUUUCAUUUAUGCCAUGGGUGUGUAUAGUGGCAGUAAUUGCUUAUGUCAUUUUUUAUGGUAUUGGCCUUGGUCCAAUUCCUUUUUUUAUUGGGUCGGAAUUGUUUGAUGUUGGACCCAGACCUAUUGCGAUGUCUCUUGGAAGUGUUUGCAAUUGGGGUGGUAAUUUUUUAGUUGGAAUGUUAUUUCCAACGAUGCUAGAAUUAAUAGGCCCUUACACCUUCCUAAUCUUUACAGCAUGUAUUUUACUUCUAGCACUAUUUGUCGGUUUUUAUUUGCCAGAAACACGUGGUAGAAGCACUAUGGAAGUAGCAGCAUCUAUUACUCAAGGAUUGCGAUCAAGACCAAAUGCAAAGUUUGUGACUUAAAUAAUACAUUUCUAAGGUAUUUGAAAGUGAUGAUUAAUAAAAAAAGAACUUAUUUAUGGUAUAAAAACUUUAUUCCGUAGUCAAUAACAUUUCGGAAAAAAUUGAAUAUUAUAAAAAGUAAGCAUAAAAGCAGCAACAGUUGCAGGAUUGUAAUUUGCUUAAUGUUUUACAUCAUUUUUGAAAGGAACAUUAUUUUAUACGCUAACUGUAUAAUUUUUUGACGAAGAAAUGAAUUUAUUUUAACUAUUAUAUAUAUUUACAUAAACAAAUAUACACAAUCUACAUUUCCAUUACA